AUGUGGAACGACGCCGCCCUUAUCUAUAUUCCAGAGAGCUCCGUCGAGGAGCCACCGCGACUUCAUGUCGAGAGUUGCGUGUGGCAGGUCGUCUAUCGUGAUAUGAAAUCACAUUUCGAGAAACCCCGACGCAGUUUCUCAAUCAACAACCCCGUCGACCGGACCACUAACUACCAACCGCCACCUUCCUUCGCACAGGUCAGGAUAAACGAAUUCUUCUUCUACUACUACUACUACUACUACUACUACUACUACUACUACUACUACUACUACUACUACUACUACUACUACUACUACUACUACUACUACUACUACUACUACUACUACUAUUACUACUACUACUAUUACUACUACUAUACUCUAGGAACUUACGCUGACCGCCAUUCAACUGGCCCCGUUUCAUUACUCUCCGUCUCGGUUACGGAAUCAGCAUUUACGCCUCAAAUCUUUCAGUCAGCCCAUAUCAAUGGGAUCAACUAG